GCUUCCCGGGAAGAGGGGCUUUGGCCCCGCGGGCUGGACGGUGCAGGCCAAGAUGGAGGUUUACCUGUGGCUGGGCCUCAACAAGCAGCGCAAGGACUUCCUGAGUGGCCUCCCCUGCGGAUUCGAGGAGAAGAAAAGCCCCCGGGGACAAAACCUGCCCUCCUUCCCCCCACUCAGCCUCCUCUACACCAAGAAGCAGGUUUUCCAGCUGCGGGCCCACAUGUACCAGGCCAGGAGCUUGUUUGCAGCUGACAGCAGCGGCCUCUCCGACCCCUUCGCAAGGGUCUUCUUCACCUCCCAGAGCCAGUGCACUGAGGUCCUCAACGAGACCCUGUGCCCGACCUGGGACCAGCUGCUGGUGUUCGACAACGUGGAGCUGUUCGGGGAGGCCCACGAGAUGAGGGACGACCCCCCCAUCAUCGUCAUCGAGAUCUACGACCAGGACACCGUGGGCAAGGCCGACUUCAUGGGGCGCACGUUCGCCAAGCCGGUGGUGAAGAUGUCAGAGGAGCAGUACGGGCCCCCCCGGUUCCCCCCACAGCUCGAGUACUACCAGAUCUACCGCGGAAACGCCACCGCCGGGGACCUGCUGGCGGCAUUCGAGCUGCUCCAGAUCGGCCCCGGGGGCAAGUCCGACCUGCCCCCCAUCGACGGCCCCAUGGACAUGGAGCGGGGCCCGAUCCUGCCGGUGCCGCUGGGGAUCCGCCCCGUGCUGAGCAGAUACAGGGUGGAG